AUGACACACCCAAUACUUGAUCCAGAGGUCUUGCAAUCACAGUACCUUGUCUUGUUUCAAAAAGAAAACCUUGUUCAUCUUCAACCCACUCCUGGGUUUCUACAGCGAACUCAGGCUGGAUAUAUUUCCAUUGACCAGCGAAGAGAGCUUGUAGAUUGGAUCCAUCAGGUUUGGAUGCAUUUCAAGUAUCGUAGCACUGAAACAUUUCAUCUGGCGAUUAGUCUGAUUGAUCGUGUCUGCAGCAUGCAUCCAGUUCAUAUUAAAAGAUACCAGAUCCUAGGUGCUGCUUGCUUUUGGAUUGCAUGCAAGUUUACUGAACCAGAUCCACCUAGUUACAGUCGUCUAGUGUCGCUUUCUGGAGGCGCAUUUGACGCAGAGACUCUCAAGGCGGAGGAGUUGAUGGUGUUAAAAAGAUUACAAUGGAAUUUGUCCAUGGCAACUCCGUCGUCGUUUCUGGAACUCAUGCUGAUGUUCAUGCCCAUUACUUCCCAGCAUCGACAUGAUAUAUAUCAAUAUGCCAUUUCAUUUUUAGCCAUCAUGCCUUCAAAUUAUCAUAUGCUACAGUAUGCUUCAUCCGUACAGAGUGCGGCUUCAUUACUGGUAGUAUUUGCCUCGACUGGGUCCAACUAUGAAUUUUGUCACCGUUUUCUAGCGCAACAUACUCGUCAACUUAUGAUGGACAGCUCUGCAAUGGCGAUGGGAUUGCAGCCUCCAAUGAUGAGUGAUGUUAAUGCAUGCGCGAGUGACAUGAUGUUGAUUGUACGCCAAACAUUCCCCGAGUUUAAAUAUGCAGCUUGUCCAAGUGCACUCUUGCAAAAUAAGAGGGAAAUGGCUAUUCUUCAGCAACCUCGAACUAUCCAGACCAAAGAUGCUCAUUUGCGUAAGCAGCAUUCACUCUCGGUAACCCUGUCUGGGUCUACAUGUGUCAGCAAAAUGAGUGAAUCUUCUCAUCGCAAUAGUACAGCUACUUUGUCUGUUUCUCCUGUAUCUCAACAGCUUUUACAAGUUCAACCAUCUGGCGUAUCGAAAAAAUUGACUCAAUCGGAAACUGGAUCCAAAUGUAAUGCUGGUCGUCAAUCACGACCAGCAUUGGUUGCAACAAAACAACACAAUGUCUUUGCAAAUACUAGUGCUAGUACCCGAUCAGUCAAACCUACUAAACCGAUUUCUGUCCAUAUCAAUACAUCAGAGUUUGAAUCUCAGUCCAAUUUGAUCAAGCGUGCUGUCUCUCCGGUGUAUAUCGAAACACUUGGAUCUCGCCUCAGUCCUAGAUCCGCUUUCCAACCACCAAGAGUGAUUGUCGAGGAUGAUGAUCCAGAAUAUGCCGACUUUUCUUUUGCAUCACCGACCAUGUUAUCUGGAAACUUGGAUGAUACUUGUCUGGGAAAGGAUAUGUUUUUUAUUGGUGGUGAUUUGGUUGCUACAACAAUCAGUUCUUUAUCAGCCUUUUCUGACGGGUAUUAG